AUGGGACCUCUUGGUGGACAAAUGGGACCAACUGCGAUUAUCGACGAGCUAGCCCCUGCACCUCGUCAAAUCGCAGCGCGACAUGUUAUGCCGAAGGAUUUACCGUUGUUCAGUGGCAAUUCCGAAGAUUGGCCCUUGUUCUUCAGUGCUUUUAACACCUCCACGGAAGCAUGCGGCUACAGUAACGUUGAAAACCUUGGUCGUCUCCAACAGUGCCUGAAGGGUGCCGCAUUGGAGGCAGUUCGUAGUCGCUUAUUAUUACCUACAUCAGUGCCACAAGUGAUACAUACGCUGCAGAUGCUGUACGGGCGGCCAGAACAAAUAAUAUACGCGCUGCUCCAGAAGAUCCGCGAUGUUCCAGCACCAAAAGCGGAUAAUUUGUGCACGGUCGCGGCUUUCGGCAUGGCGGUACACAACUUCAGCGAACAUUUGGAGGCGGCGGGACAAGUGCAACAUCUAUCUAACCCGGUGCUGCUCCAAAAACUUGUGGAUAAGCUGCCAGCAAAUUUGAAGCUUGACUGGGUGGCGUUCAAACGACAAUUCGCGGCGGUCGACCUCCGUGUAUUCGGUCGGUACAUGGCAAAUCUGGUCUCGGCAGCAGCUGAAGUCACUCUUACGUUGGAUCCAAGGGGAAGUAAGCAGAAGAGAGAGGAGAAGCUGAAGGGUUUUGUGAACGCCCAUGCUGCUUCAUCAGACGCAACAGCUAACGAGACCCCGAAGGUGGAAUCACCAAUUAGCUGUUUGGUCUGCGGAAAUCCAGACCAUCGAGUGAAGGAUUGUGACGUCUUCAAAAAGAUGGACCGGGAUGACCGCUGGAAAGUGAUGCAUAAUUAUUAUUUGUGUCGUAUCUGCCUCGGGAAGCACGGUAGAAAACCCUGCCGGUCCUCAUCGCGCUGUGAAGUUCAAGGUUGUCAAAUGCGACACCAUCCGCUUCUGCACGGCGAUUCGGGCAGUUCGUCGACCAAUCCAUCUCAUCCAAUACCUCAAAGAGGCGGAGCAGGCCAGCGAAGUGAUGCAACGGAAGGUGUGAAUGCUCACAACGUCCAGAGCUCGACACUGUUUCGCAUGUUGCCGGUGCGACUCUUCAACAUUGAGACGCUAGCUUUCAUCGACGAAGGAUCGUCCGUCACGCUCCUCGAAAAGGGAAUAGCCGACGUACUACAGGUUGAAGGCACGGAAAAGCGUCUUUGCCUAACCUGGACAAGCAACGUUAGCCGUGAGGAAGAAGGCUCCCGUCAGGUAGAGGUGGAGAUUUCGGGUAUCAGUGGAGGCAAGCGAUAUCCACUAAAAUACGUCAGGACGGUCGAGUCCCUUGCACUACCUGCGCAGUGGCUGUGCUAUAAAGAGCUUGCCGAGCGUUUCCCUCAUCUGCGGAAGCUACCGGUCGUAGACUUCGAAUCCAAAGCUCCAGGAAUUCUCAUUGGAGCAAACAAUACUCACCUCACCGCCACCCAACAAAUACGCGAAGGUUGCGUGGGAGAGCCGGUGGCAGCAAAAACUCGUCUCGGAUGGGCGAUCUACGGCCCAAUGCCAAACGGGACGAACGUUGCGAGUUGCAACUUGCACAUCUGUGGUUGUGAUGUAGACAAGAGCCUGCACGAGCUAGUGAAGCAAUACUUCACGGUCGAGAACGUGGGCGUCUCGGUGAAUCAGAGUCCCGAAUCGAACGACGAUAAGCGAGCGAGGGCAAUACUCGAGCAGACGACUAGAAGAGUCGAAAACGGCUUCGAGACUGGAUUACUGUGGCGCUACGAUUAUGUAGAAUUUCCCAAUAAUUACGCUAUGGCUGUCCGACGGCUACGGUGCUUGGAGCGCCGUUUCAACGCGGAUUCAUCCUUGUUUGAUAACGUCCAGCGGCAGAUAGCGCAAUACCAGCAAAAGGGCUACAUUCACGAAGCUACGGAGGAGGAACUAGCCGAAGUGGAUCAGAGGAGACUGUGGUAUCUGCCGGUUGGAAUAGUUCGAAACCCCAAGAAGCCCAACAAGAUUCGCAUCGUGUGGGAUGCCGCAGCAACAGUGAACGGCAUAUCCCUGAAUAGCAUGCUACUAAAAGGACCGGAUCUAGUCCAACCUCUCCCAGAUAUUCUCUGUGGAUUCCGUGAGCGAAAGAUUGCAGUCGUGUUUGAUAUCAUGGAAAUGUUCCAUCAGUUGAAGAUACGGCAAGCAGAUCGUUACAGUCAGUUGUUCGUCUGGCCCGGUGAAACCGGGCGUCCUCCGAAAACCUUUGUGAUCGACGUAGCAACCUUCGGCUCAACUAGCUCACCAUGCUCGGCGCAGUUCGUAAAAAAUUUGAAUGCAGCCGAGCAAGCAGAACAAUAUCCGAGGGCCGCGGAGGCGAUUGUGCGCCGGCAUUAUGUCGACGACUACCUACAUAGUUUCGACAGUGAGGAAGAAGCAUGUCAAGUUGUAGAGGAGGUCAAGUUGGUGCAUAAACGAGGCGGAUUCACAAUUCGCAACUGGCUUUCGAAUUCAGGCGGAGUACUCCGCCAGAUUGGGGAUACCGAAGCGAGAGCAACGAAGAUCGUCGGUGAAGGCGGUCCCGAAGCAGAACGCGUGCUAAGCAUGCAAUGGAGAGCAACCGAGGAUGUCUUCGUGUUCUCCAGCGAUACCGACUUGGGAGCCGUCACCCCUACAAAGCGAGGCAUCUUACGGUGCGUUAUGAGUCAGUUUGAUCCGUAUGGGCUUCUUUCCCACUUCCUCAUCCAUGGUCGAGUUAUCAUUCAGGAUAUAUGGCGCACAAAAGCUGGUUGGGACGACGUGGUAUGCGAGCCAAUCCUUGAACGAUGGCAUUCGUGGGUAGCCAAAUUCAACGACCUGAAAGCUGUUCGUAUACCUCGUGCCUAUUUUCCGGGUGUAUCGGCAUCGGAAAUCGAGGACUUGCACUUGCAUACAUUUGUCGACGGCAGCGAGACUGCCUAUGCUUGUGUCGCCUACUUGAGGGCCACCAUCCAUGGAAAGUUCCAGUGUGCACUUGUCGGAGGAAAAGCGAAAGUAGCACCUUUGAAAACGUUAUCCAUCCCGAGGCUGGAGCUGCAGGCGGCGUUAAUAGGCUGUAGGUUGAUGAAAACGUUAUGCAGCAGUCACAGUCUCACAAUAUCGCGACGAGUGAUUUGGGCCGAUUCAAAAACCGUCCUUUCGUGGAUCCUUUCUGAUCAUCGACAGUUUGUCGCCUGCCGGAUAGGAGAAAUCCUCUCCAAGACAAACCUUGAGGAGUGGCGGUACGUUCCAUCGAAAAUCAACGUCGCGGAUGAUGGAACCAAGUGGGCUAGUGGACCAAACCUGAAACCCAACAGCCGUUGGUUCAAAGGCCCGGAGUUUCUAUGGGCACCAGAAGAGGCUUGGCCACAACAAGUAAAACCAGAGGAAACCGAAACCGAAGCUCGACAAUGA